AGAUGUUUAUACUGGAGAUUAAUUAUAUAGAUAGUAACAUGUGGUCCUAAAGUGUUUUAUCCAGUAUUUCUCUACAAAACCUGAUCAGCAGUUUAUACUUUUCUCAUAAAACCUCUUCAACUGUUUAUACUUUUCUCGCACAAGGAACUUUAAUUUCCCGAACAUGUCAACAGGUGAAGAUGCUCCAGUUACAGUAGCUGCACAAGGAGGAGAUAAAUACAGGUCCUUCCUGAACGAUGAAGGUGGAGAGAAAAUUCAAUGGAGACAUGGCGGCCCUCCUACUUAUGAUAGCGUAAAUCAGCUCUUUGAAGAAGGCCGAACUAAGGAGUGGCCGAAAGGUUCCUUGGAAGAAAUAGUGCAAAAUGCCAUCAAGUCAUGGGAGAUGGAGCUCUCACACAAGACUCGCUUACAAGAUUUCAAAACCAUUAAUCCUGAGAAGUUUAAGCUCAUUGUUAAUGGAAGAGAAGGAUUAUCUGCAGAAGAGACACUAAAAGUUGGAAGCUACAACGCUUUGUUGAAGAAUUCAUUGCCAGAGGAGUUCAAAUACUACAAGGCAGAAGAAGAGAGCUUUGAAUCAUCUCAUGAAGUAUUUCGAUCGGCUUUACCUCGAGGGUUUGCAUGGGAAAUUCUAAGUGUUUAUUCUCGGCCUCCUGUGAUUGCUUUCAAGUUCAGGCAUUGGGGUUUCUUUGAAGGACCUUUCAGAGGACAUGCUCCCACUGGAGAAAAGGUUGAAUUUAUUGGGUUGGGAACUAUUAAGGUUGAUGGAGCACUAAGGGUAGAGGAUGUUGAAAUCUACUAUGACCCAGCAGAGUUAUUUGGACGAUUAUUAAAAGGGUCACCAAUCUCUGAAACUGUGUCGAAGAAAGAAGAUAAGAGUGCUGAAAGUUCAACACCGAUCCAAGGCUGUCCUUUCUCCCACAAAGUAUGAAUGCUUGAUGAUGAUGGGUAAAUGCAUAACAUGUGGAUGGCUCAUGGCGGUGCCCUUUUCCCAAUCGAUUUUUAUUUUUAAGUUUAUCUUAUCAUCAACAAUGUUUUUUUUUCUGUUUCCGUCGUUUCUUUCUUUAUCAAUAUUUAAUAAUCUGAAGACUUUUUUAUUCA